GCUGGUUAAUAAGAAGGAGGCAUCGAUGUCCUCACCGGUAGGACAGUGCAGCUGUGAAAGAAACUGAAAGUUUUCUGCAAUGUAGAAAUAAUAGGUACGAUCCUCGAAUUCUUUUAGUAUGAUCAGUGCCUGAAAACAAUGAUUUGAAUAUGAAAAAGUUUUUCGAAAAAGCCAAGUUAGAUUAUAAGUUCAAGAAAGCAGGUGAGGGCCAUACCUUAGCAGAUGACAGCAGCACAGCUUCCCGACAGCAAGCAACCACCUCUGCACCUGCAAUACGGACAACCCCAAGCUCAGAUGCACAGAGAGCUGGGCAGGCUGCUUUGGAAAGGUUUUCAGUUCAUGAAAAAAAUGCUGUAAAGAAGCCAAAGUCUGCCACAGCCUCAUGGAAACACAGUGGACAAGGAGGGACAUCUCAGAGUAACAGUGGUACAGGAGCAGCACUGAACCUGAGUCAGUUGAAAAGAGAAGUGAGACAGGAGUUGGCCUAUCAAGAAGCCUGUCAUCAAAGAGACCUUCAGAGAGAGGUUCAAUCUACUGCUGAGCCAACACAUGUAGAAUGUUCAACUGUGCAGUCUCAAGAAGGAGUGUAUUUUUCUUGCCCAGUGUGUCCAAUUACAGUUUUAAAAAGUGAACUAGAUACACAUAUGUCAGAAUGUCUCUUUAAGCAAUAUCCUGAUGAACCACUGACAACUUCAUGUUCCAUGAUACACACCCUAAACAAGGAUAAAGAAAAGGUUAAAGCCUGCAUUGACCUGAUCUGUAGAUACCUUGAUAAUAUCUGCAAGAAUCCAGAAGAGGAAAAAUAUAGAAAAGUAAAGCAAAGCAACAAAAUAUUCCAGGAACGUGUAGUACCCAUUAAAGGUGCCACUGAAUUCCUUCUUGCCUGUGGAUUUGAAGACAAAGUUCUCCCAGUAGAAGCAGAUUCAGAAGAAAAGUUUUAUGUUUUGCCAAAGGAGUGUUCUGACUGUGAACGAUUAAAUGUGUACAAAGAGAUAUUGACGUCAAGUGAAGCUUUGAAGGCAAAACUGGAUCGUUGCUUAAAGGUUUACAAGCCAAGCAGCCAAGCACGUCAUUUUGAGGUCCCCUGGGAUUUCUUUAACAAGACAGCUGAAGAGGUCAAAAGUGAACAGAUGGCAAGAACGGAGGAAGUUGAGAAAAACUCUCAGCUCAGAACUCGAGCUAUGCGUGAAGCAGAGAAACGCCCAUCCAAGACCUACCGUUUCACUUUGGUGCGGAUACGUUUGCCUGAUGGGAUCAUCCUUCAAGGAACAUUUUAUUCCAGAGAAAAACUUCAGGACGUUUUCGAGUUUGUUCGGCAGUCUCUUGUGUCCGACUGGCAGCCUUUUCUACUUUUUGAGGCUGGUAGACAGUUGAACGAUGAAAACGCUACCUUGGUCGACUUAGGCCUGGUCCCAGCUGCUUUGGUGAACUUUAAGUGGGACCCAGUUGUUAUGAAAGACAUCGCAGCGGCACAAGGCCAAGUGGACGAAAAUGUCUUCCUGAAACCCGAAGUGCUGUGCAGAGUACAGAACCUUAGCUAGAACAUUAUUUUAGAAUUACAGUGGCGGAUCUAGUGAAGAGGCCCGGGGGGCCUGGGCCUCCACUUUUUUCGGGAAAAAAAGGAAUAGCAGAAGGAAGAAAUGCCGGUAGGACAAGCAACAAAAAUCCCCCCCCCCCCCUUUGUUCAAGGUCUAGAUCCGCCACUGAAUCAUCAGUGAUUUCAUUUUAAAGCUGGAAGUUUUCAUGAAAAAAGAAAACAAAAAGAAACGAAGGUAAUAAAAAUGGUAAGGUGCCCUUCAACCUUUACUUAGAAGCCCAUAAAAGAGCCUGUUUGGAUAAAAAGAGAAUGUAUUUAAAGUGAACGAUCCGGGAAAAGGCAUCGCUAGAAAUACAAAGGGGUCCCCCUAAAUAAGAUAAAACAAGUAUUCCUUUGCUAAUAUUGACACUGUAAAUAAAUGAAGAGCGUAAAUAGAAAAUGUCUUAAAUGGCAAGAGGCCGACGAGUUGGCUGUUUACAAAGGGCAGGCGAGGAGUUGGACUUGGGACUUUGGAGGAGUUAAGUAUCUGAACCUGGGACCUCCAGAAUUGAAUAUACAGCGCGUUUAACAUCUCAGCCACCCUGUGUCCCCUCGAGUUAAGUACACUGUUCAGCAGUACAGGAUGUAGUAGAAGCGAAUAAAAGAAGUGUCAAAGAGAA